CGCGCCCGGGGGGCGGCGGCGGCGGCUCGGCCCCAUGUCCAGAGGAGGGGAGAUGGUUUAUAUCCCGGACGACUCCGACUUCAGCUCCUUCAGGGAUCAGUGCGAGAGCCUGGAGGGCUGGCACUGUCGGUAUAACAAGGCUGGCGUGACCGUGUGGAGUCAGGGCCAGGAGGAAAGCUGCACCGUGCAGAAAAUCAAGACCCGCAUCUCCUGCAAGGACGUCCCGGCCGAGACCCUCUACGACGUGCUGCACGACACCCGCUACCGCAAGAAGUGGGACUCCAACAUGAUCGAGACCUACGACAUCGGGCGCCUCACCGUCAACGCCGAUGUCGGAUACUACUCCUGGAAGUGCCCGAGCCCCCUGAAGAACAGGGAUUUCGUCACGCUGCGCUCCUGGCUGCCCCUGGGCAAUGACUACAUGAUCAUCAACUACAGCGUCAAGCACCCGAAAUACCCGCCCCGGAAGGAUUUCGUCCGGGCCGUGUCCCUGCAGACCGGGUACCUGAUCAAGGCGAACGGCGACGGAGCCUGCGUCCUCUAUUACCUCACCCAGGUGGAUCCUCGCGGGUCGCUGCCGAAGUGGGUGGUGAACCGCGUGUCGCAGUUUGUGGCACCGAAGGCGAUGAAGAAGAUCUACAAGGCUGGGCUGAAGUACCCGGAGUGGAAGCGCCGGCACGACCCCGAGUACAAGCCCUGGGUGUACCCCGAGCAGAACACGCUGCCCAGCGUGAGCCUGGCCGAGCUCUCCGUGCAGCACGCAGAUUCCCUGGAGAACAUCGACGAGACCGGGCUGCCCGAGGAGCACCUGAGCACCAGUGACCACGAGGCCUGAGCCCCAGCGCUCAGGGGAACCCCCUCAUCACCGAGGCUUGGCACCCCGGGGGCACAGCUGGCAGUUUGGCUCCCUGCUUCCCAAUAGUCUCAUCUGCUCUGCAACUCCUUCAUGGCUGACACCCUCCCUACCCAGGCAGCGGGGAACUGUCCCGUGGGAUGUGCGGCACAGGUGCUGGAGAGAGGGAGGAUGGGCACCCCGGUGCCCCCUGUGCCCGGGGAGUUGUCCCUGCCUGGCAGUGCUGGCACUGGGUGUUCCCAGAGAGCCUGGGCAGGCUGAGGUGGGUGGGAGCUUUCCUGGCACCAGGAUAUGGUUCUGCCACUCUAAGACCCCCGAAGGUCCAGAAGUGGGGGUGUGUGAGGCUCCUGCCCAGGUUUUGCAGCAGCACAAGGUUUGGAUCGACCCCGUCUGGCCUGAGGUCCAGCUCUGCCCAGGUCAGAGCCCUCCAGCCCUCCGUGCCCUUCCAAGCUUAGUGUGACCCCCCGCACCAGGCCCAGCUCUGCAGGCCGGCUCUAGCCCAGCUGGCCCUGGGGACCCCUUCCCCUGGGGGGUUGUGGGGUUUGUCACCCUGGCGGUGGGGUCUCGGGCCACCCGUGUCCCCACUCUCCCAGUGUUUGCCGCUGCUGUGGUUCCUGGCACAACAAUAAAGGGGUUGGUGUGUGUG